ACAAGCUCUAAAGAUACUAUAGAAGCCUGAAUGGGAAUACAGUUGGCCAAAGCACAAUAUCCCAAAGAGGAUUCGUGCUCACCAAACGGCCAAUCUUCUUUCUCUGACCUAGUGCAAGAAACUACUAUUUUGGUUAGCGAAGAAGCUACUAUACUUGUAUUUAAAAAAGUUACAUUUUACACUGUGAUUUCAAACCUGCUCUCCAAUUUUCUUCUCAACCACCUAGAGAUUCGAAUACAGAAUUCAUUCCGAUUAACGAGGUGAGAUAUAUAUAUAUUUCUGCAUCAAUUUCUGUGAAAACAUAUAUUAUUUUUCUUCUGAUUAGUUAUAUGCGUAGCAGUGAUUAAGGUCUGAUGGGUUUGAAUGGAAUUGUAAAUCUGAAGGAAAGUAGAAUCCAAAGUUGCCAACCAACCAUAUGUCUUCAACUCACAUGAUAUAUCAGAUAAAAAUCAAUCUCUGCUCAUUUUGCUUUGGAACUUGAAAGCUCUUACAUUAGUCAAAUGUAUUGUCACAUGACUCACCUGCAAAUCCUUUAUAUGCAAGAUAUAUUAAUUAUAGUUUAACAAAUACGUAUAAGACAACGCACUUCCUUAAUGUUAUUAUUAAUGAUUUUUGUAUUGUCAUCUAGUGGCGUGUUUGUACUUUGUAGACUCAAUUCAUUUCAGAGUUUCAUAUUUGAAAUGAAAAUAUCUAACCCUAUGUCUAAUCUCAAAGUUUUCUUCUUAUUAUUAUUGUAUAUAUAAAUAGUCUCAUUGAUCAACUCAUCAUUAUAAGAAGCAAAAGGCAAGUGAAGGAAAUCCUCUAAGUCAGCAAAUCAAGACCAUGAAAUUCUUCAGCAGCAGCAGCAACUCAAUCAUUGUCCUUAUCUUUUCCAUUGCAAUAAUCACGCUUUGCCUUUGGGUCAAUGUGUCCAUAGCUAGGACCCUUCCUCACCCGAAUCCACCUCCUUCUUCAUCUUCUUCUUUGGAGCAAAACAACAUGUCUUCAUCUCCAUCUUCAUCUUCAUCAUCUUCUCAAGCUUUCUCACACAGCAAACAAGGGCCAACCUCUGCUCAUGAUCGUCAGCCUGCUACUGUUUCUGCUAGCCUCAGAAGGAUCCCACCAAGCAGACCAAACCCUACUCAGAACAGAUGAGGAAGUGUUUGUUAAUUACCAGGUUAAGGCCUGGGGUAAGAGUUUAGAUUGAGGAGCCUUGAUGGAGCUCGUGAAGAUGUUUCAGACAAAUAUGCAAAGCUGCAGCAGGAAUACCAUGUUACACAUGAGCUGUCUGUUGCUUCACUUUUGGUGGGUUGAUUUCAAGCUUCAUAGUGUCGUAUAGAGUGAUAUAUAUAGAUAUAUAUAUAUUUUCUAUUUCUAGGUAGGUGGAAGAGAAGUGGUAAAUGAAGUAAGAAUGUUACUAUUAUGUAGUUUCUUUGGGUAAUAGUUUGAUGUUUUCAGUCUAUAGAGCAUAGCAGGAUUACAAGAAUGUAAAGGAGGACUUCCAAAGUUAUCACAAUCUUAUAGUUUCCCCGGUAAUUCUAUAUAAAGAUUAUUUUUA